AUGGGUGAUGCUGGACCACCAGGUAAUCCUGGACCACCUGGACGUGCCGGUGAACCUGGAGCAGAUGCGCAAGGCGGUGGCGGAGGAGUUGGACCUCCAGGCCCUCCUGGACCACCGGGACCAGGGGGACCUCCCGGAGGUGAUGGAAUGCCUGGUGGCUUAGGUGGACCAGGAAUGAUGGGACCGCCUGGGUUUCCUGGAGAAAACGGCCCGCCAGGAGAUAUGGGAAUGCCUGGAACGCCGGGAGCACCAGGAGCACCGGGAGGCGAUGGAAUCUACUGUCCAUGUCCCAGGCGCACACUUUCGACAAUCAGGCACAGAAGCAUGUCAAAGAAAAAGAUGUCGAAAGUGGCCUUCAAUUAG